UUAUGGCAGCUGUAUGCAGGAAGCAGAGGGCCUUGAUUUAGGGUGAAUGAGUGGUAGCUGUAUGAUCUAGAAAGGGUUUGUGCUUUUUUUUUUUUUGUUAGAUUUUCUUCGCCUCGAGCUGCAUCUCUCUGUUCAGGAAGGAUGGCUACGACGGCGCAGUUAUUUGAGGAACCGUUUGAUGCAGAUGAAUACAUUGAGCGACUGGCUUGGAGAACUCCAGGGGGUGGCUCGAAAGGAGGAGCAGAAGCAUUUGACCCUAAAAAGCUGCUAGAAGAGUUUGUUAACCACAUAGAGGAACUGAAACAGCUGGAUGAGAGGAUCCAGAGGAAAGUUGAGAAGCUUGAACAGCAGUGCCAUCGGGAAGCCAAAGAGUUUGCACACAAAGUCCAGGAGCUGCAGAGAAGCAAUCAGGUCGCCUUUCAGCACUUCCAAGAGCUGGAUGACCACAUCAGCUACGUGGCCACUAAGGUGUGUCACCUUGGAGACCAACUGGAGGGAGUGAAUACUCCGAGGCAGAGGGCUGUGGAGGCCCAGAGACUUAUGACCUACUUUAAUGAAUUCCUGGAUGGAGACUUGCGCAGUGAUGUCUUUAACAACCCUGAGAAGAUAAAGGAAGCUGCUGACAUCAUUCAGAAGUUGCACCUGAUUGCUCAGGAGUUGCCGUUUGACAGAUUUGCUGACGUGAAGGCCAAGAUAGCGAGUAAAUACCAUGCCUUGGAGCGGCAGCUGAUCCAGGAGUUCACAGCUGCUCAGCGCAGAGGGGAAAUCGGCCGUAUGAGAGAAGUGGCUGCAGUCCUGCUCCAUUUCAAGGGCUAUGCCCAUUGUAUAGAUGUCUAUAUUAAGCAGUGCCAAGAGGGUGCAUACAUACAGAGCGAUGUGUUUGAGGACACUGCUGCUCUUUGUCAGCUGGUCAAUAAGCAGGUGGGCGAGGUCUUCUGUAGCCCGGAAACGGUCAUGGCCAAACUCAUCCAAAACAUCUUUGAGAACAAGUUACAGACGCAUGUAAAAGAAAGACUUGAGACUCGUUCCACUGAAUUGGAGCAAUACCUCAAAAACCUCUAUGACCUCUACACCAGGACAACAGCUUUGGCUGCUAAAUUAACGGAGUUUAACUUGGGUUCGGACAAACACACCUUCCUAUCCAAACUGAUUAAGAGCAUCUUCUCGUCCUACCUGGACAGCUACAUAGAUAUGGAGCGGCAGUAUCUGCAGUCUCGUAGUGCUUCAAUUCUGCAAAGAUACUACGACUCAAAGAACCACCAAAAACGUCCAUUAGGCACAGGAAGUAUCCAGGAGCUGAAAGAGCGGAUCAGGCAGCGCACUAACCUGCCUUUGGGUCCCAGUAUUGACACACAUGGAGAAACCUUUCUCUCACAGGAAGUUGUGGUCAAUCUGCUGCAGGAGACGCGUCAUGCCUUCCAGAGAUGCAACAAGUUGUCUGACCCAGCUGAUCUCCCUAAAAAUGCCUACUCUAUCUUCCUGCUGCUUGUAGAGCACCUGUGUGUGGACCAUAUUGACUAUGCCUUAGAGAUUGGUCUUUCAGCUAUUCCCUCUGCAGAUGCCAAAAAUGCCAACCUCUACUUUUUGGAUGUAGUGCAGCAGGCAAACACUAUUUUUCACCUCUUUGAUAAGCAGUUUAAUGAUCAUCUCAUGCCUCUCAUUAGCUCUUCUCCUAAGCUAACAGAGUGUUUGCAAAAGAAAAAGGAGGUCAUUGAUCAGAUGGAAGUGAAACUAGACACAGGCAUUGACCGAACACUGAAUUGCAUGAUCGGCCAGAUGAAACACAUUCUGGCCACUGAGCAAAAGAAAACAGACUUCAGGCCAGAAGAUGAGAACAAUGCAAUGAGUGCACUACAGUACACUACAGCGUGCUCUAAAGUGUGUGCCUACGUGAGUAAGCAGGUGGAGCGUGUACGAAGGUCGAUGGAUGGAAAAAAUGUGGACACUGUACUGGCUGAGCUGGGAGUGCGCUUUCACAGGCUCAUCCAUGAACAUCUGCAGCAGUUCAGCUACACAUCCAUGGGAGGCAUGCUGGCCAUCUGUGACGUGGCAGAGUACCGCCGCUGCGCCAAAGACUUUCGAGUUCCUCUGGUCCUGCAGCUCUUUGACACUUUGCACGCUCUCUGUAACCUUCUGGUGGUUGUUCCUGACAAUCUGAAGCAGGUUUGCUCUGGAGAGCAGCUCACAAACCUGGACAGGAACCUCCUGCAUGCCUUUGUGCAGCUCAGAGCGGACUAUCGCUCAGCUAGACUGGGCCGUCAUUUUAGCUAAUGAUGGGUGAGGCUGCACACCCAGUACACAGCUGUCCAAUCAGAACAGUACUCUCGGGUCAGUCUGAGUGGCUUUUGGACUUUUUUUUUUUUCUUUUUUUUAAAAAUGCCUUUAAUUAUAAUGACACAACAUCUUGUGGAUAUGAGAAUGUGUGGCCCAAUGCACACUGAGAAAAGAAUAUUUAUGCAUCUGCCCCUUUGUAUUUUCAAAUUUUAUUUGCCUUGUCUGUUUCUAUGCUCUCCUUUUAAACCGUAAACUAUAUGUAUGAAUGUAUGGCAUUUCAUUGAUAUGAAAUGUAUUCUUCGCUUCAACAUGCUUUUGCAUUACUGUUAUAAUGAACACAACACUGAUCUGUAAAAUGAACAGCAUUGAGAGUGCUGAUUUAUGGUUUUUGAAGCUGAGGUUUUAGAUUAAUUUGCUUCACAUCUGGAAAAAACUAAUUAAAUCGUUUAUUGCACCAAAUAUGUGACUCUGCUAGCACUGGAGACACUUCAGCAGGUUGCAUCAUGCACUUGCUAUUGAGCAACAGCUGUUCAGUCUUUUUUUGGGGGGGGGGCCCACAUUAAGGGUGCAUAGUUGUCUGAUUUGUAAAUUCUGUACUUGGUGUUUGUCACAGAAUUUAUAUCAAUUGGGUCACUUCCUGUCGUCAGAACUAAGCAACAGAAAUGAAACAUUACCCAGGUCGCUGCUUAUAACAUAGGAUUUGAAUAAAUAAUGCAAAUUGCUAAACAACUGGUAGUAAUUCUGAUAUCUGCAAUCAAUAUGGUUUUGUGUUCAGUCUCUCUUAAUCAGAAAACACAUUAAAUAUUAAAGAGACAUUCCUCUUAUUAUAAAUUUGAAUUUUUUUAUUGUAAUGGUAUGCACUUGGUCAAUUCAUGUCUUAUUAUUUGUGCUUUGAAUUAGUCAGUUUAUCAGAAUACUGACAGCAGAGUUUAAUGGGGUAUAUCUUUUUUUUUUAAAUAUAUAAAUGCCAAAUAUCUCCAUUUCUGAGAAGACAAGGUACAAGUUUAGCAAACAGGUAUUCUGUGUGUGCUGGAGUCUUCCUAACGUACACAGUGACACAUUUGCAUAUGGCAUUGUAAUCUACUACAGUGUAUAUUCCUUCUUAAAGUGGUCUUUUUUUUUUUUUUUAGGGGAAAUUUCUAAACCUGAUGUUUUGACUUUCCUUGUACGCAUAGCAUGCCAGUUCAGAAAUACGGAGUCUAAAUAAUUGUGUUAACCACCAGCUUGCUCAGAAAUGUAACAAAAGAACAUUUUGAUCCAAAACACUAAUGCCAGUACAUAUUACUGUACUAACAUACAAUCUUUAAUAUUCAUGGAAUAAUUCAUUAACAAGUUUCAAAAGAAUUGGUUAAAAUUGGGACUUAAGGGCUCUGUUGGCUGAAUCUGAUCAAACAGGUCAAGUGUUCGCCAUGUCCAGGGUUGGUAAUAAUAAGCUCCAGUCAGCACCACGGCUCUGAAACAGCAGUCAAACCAGAGUGUGAUUGUUCUGACACAGUGUCAUAUGAACCCACCUGAGCUUAACUCUAAGGAUGUGUUCAGAAGGAAGGGGAUUGUCUGAGCCCUGUGUCUGACUUUAUUACUUUCUUCUCUUUUCUUAAAGCUUCUCACUGUUGAUCUCCUGUAUUUAUACAGGCAUUCGUACACGUCAGCUGAUCUUGAACCUGCUUGAUAUGAUUUCAUGAAUCUACAGAAUACUAAAACGAGUUGUCACAUUGUCGAUCUCACGUUUUCUCACUAACAUGCAAACCUAAUUCAAUAAAAUAUGAAGUUAAUUAUCA